ACUGUUGUUUUUUUUUGUUAUAGAGAGAUGGCUGAAGUGAAGACUGAGCUGGUGGUUCCUGAAUCAGUGUUAAAGAAGCAACAAAGGAAUGAAGAAUGGACAUUGAAGAAGAGCGCAGAUCUUGUCAUGUUGAAGAAGAAGAAUGCUGAAAACAGGAAGAUUAUCUUUAAAAGAGCUCAAGCAUAUGCAAAUGAGUAUGAUGAACAACAAAAGCAGCUUGUUCAAUUGAAACGUGAAGCUAGAUUGAAAGGUGGAUUUUAUGUCAACCCAGAAGCUAAGCUUCUGUUUAUCAUUCGCAUUCGUGGUAUCAAUGCCAUUGACCCAAAGUCAAAGAAGAUUUUGCAGCUUCUUCGUCUGAGACAGAUUUUCAAUGGUGUGUUCUUGAAAGUAAGCAAAGCCACCCUCAACAUGCUUCACCGCGUUGAGCCUUAUGUUACUUAUGGCUAUCCCAAUUUGAAGAGUGUCAAGGAAUUGAUCUACAAAAGGGGAUUUGGCAAACUAAACCAACAAAGGAUUGCUUUGUCAGAUAAUUCGAUUAUUGAACAGGGUUUGGGGAAAACUGGUAUCAUCUGUAUGGAAGACCUUGUUCACGAGAUCUUGACUGUAGGACCUCAUUUCAAGCAAGCCAAUAACUUCCUAUGGCCAUUCCAGUUGAAGGCACCUUUGGGUGGCAUGAAGAAGAAGAGGAAUCAUUACAUUGAAGGUGGAGAUGCAGGUAAUCGUGAAGAUUACAUAAAUGAGCUCAUCAGGAGGAUGAACUAGAUAUUUAAGUUUGAGUGUGACUUCUGUUUUGAAUUGUUUGAAUUUUGUUAAGAUAUUGGUAUAAUUUUCUCAAAAAUUUUGAUCUUUUUAAUUUAAUUUAAUCAUCAUUAACUAUAUUUUCUUCAG